UCGUCUUGCGAUUAAAAUGGCCGUGCACAAGCAGACGACUGACUGAGUUAUUUGUGUGCUAAUUUGUUAUCUAAAAUAUUAAAUUUAUUCGAUAUUUAUUAUGAAAUAGAGUUAAUGAAUAUCAAAGUGUUUUUAAUGGUGAAUAUUAUUAAGUUGAUAUAGUGAUUAAAUAAAUACAAUAUUGAUAUUGUUAACGUGAAAAUUGUUAAUCCUAACGCGCGAGAGAAACUUGGUAAAAUUUAACAAGAAAUGGACCCUUUACCCAUUUUUGGCAUCAAUUUCUCAGGAUUUUUGAUAACUAUCUGAGAAAAAUUGUCCAUUUCCUUCUUAUCAAGAUGCGGGAGAUAUUAAAUUUGAUCCCCUGGAGGCUAGUGGGGAUCUAAAAUUAGUAAUAGAAUAAAAAUUAGUCCCUAUAAAUUAAUCUUUUUAUAUAAACAAAGAAUCAAAGAAGAUAAUUAAAGAAGAAUAAACACAAAAAGAGAUAAGAAUAAGAAAUAAAUUGAAAAGAAAAGAUUUUCUUAUUUUGUGUAUUGUACUAUUUUUUGCUUUAACAAAAAUCGAAAAAUAAGAGUGAAAAUAGAAAACGAAAAGUCAUUAUAAUAAAAGAAAAUGUCGUUUCUAUCAAAUUUAAAGAAAGCAUUCCACUUCGGUGGCAAUGAUGCAAAGAAGAAAAAACUCUAUAAUAAUAUUAAAAUGGAUUGUGAUCCAUCAGAAUUUUGGGAUAUGAUUGGAGAACUUGGUGAUGGUGCAUUUGGUAAAGUUUACAAGGCACAACAUAAACAAACGCAACAGCUGGCUGCUGCAAAAAUGUGUGCGUUAGAAGGUGAAGAUGAUCUGAGCGAUUUUAUGAUAGAAAUCGACAUUUUAUCUGAGUGUAAACAUCCAAAUGUCGUUGAACUCCAUGAAGCAUAUUUUAUGGAUGGAAAAUUAUGGAUGUUAAUUGAAUACUGCGACGGUGGUGCUGUAGAUUCGAUUAUGGUUGAAUUAGAAAAAGCAUUGACCGAGCCACAAAUAUCAUAUGUAUGUCAACAAAUGACCAAAGGCCUUUCUUUUUUACACAAAUCGAAAGUCAUACAUAGGGAUUUGAAAGCCGGAAAUGUCCUAUUGACAAUGGCUGGUGGAGUGAAAAUUGCUGACUUCGGUGUAUCUGCAAAGAAUAAACAUACAUUGCAGAAACACGAUACGUUUAUUGGUACGCCUUAUUGGAUGGCGCCGGAAGUGGUAUUAUGUGAGACAUUUCGAGACAACCCAUACGAUUUCAAGGUGGAUAUUUGGUCUCUGGGUAUAACAUUAAUAGAAUUUGCUCAAAUGGAACCUCCUAAUCAUGAGAUGUCACCAAUGAGAGUAUUAUUAAAGAUUCAAAAGAGUGAUCCACCCAAGCUAGAGCAACCAGGAAAAUGGAGUAAAGAAUUUAAUGACUUUAUAGCAAAAGCUUUAAUAAAAGAUCCAACAACGAGGCCUACUGCAGAUGAACUUCUCAAGCACCCAUUUAUUAAUCGGACGCUUGAUUCGAAACCAAUCCGCGAUCUUUUAUUAGAAUACAAGGCUGAUGUUGUUGAAGAAGAGCUUGUCGAUGAAGAAGCCGAAGAGCAGCGCACGUCGCAGCUGCCUCUGGAGUUGGACCAACUCGCAGAUGAUUCAACGUCGAUGCGCAGCGACACUGAAGUUAAACUUGCUGAAAAGGAUAAUAUUGUGUCGCCGGAAGAACCGAAGAAGGAGGAAAGCAAUAAGCGUGAGAUGAACCGCGACUCUGAAAAAGAAGAAAAGAACAAGAAACUCCGUAAAACAGAAUCUAAGGAAAAUAUUCCUUUAUCUGUUGAUAAAAAACCUGCACCAAAACCUCCAACAACGGGAGAGAGUAAUGAACGUCGUACAUCUCGUGAAAAAGGACCAGCGCCACCACCACCACCACCUAUACGUCAAAAUAGUCGGAAUGAAGAAAUUGAAAGCCCUCCAAAAGUCAUAGAGAAAAUGAAUUCUGUAGAUAAAAAUGAACGACCAGUUACGAUUGAUUUAGUAGAAAAAGAGCCAACAGUACUUCGUGAAAAUAAUGUCAGUGAUAUUUCUAAUUCAUCAGUAACAGUAGAUAAAAAUAAAAAGUUAUCGGUGGAAAAGGUUGAAGAUAACGUAACAGCAAUAAAAGAGAAUGUGCAUGUUGAAAAGAGGAAAUUAAGUCAAGAUAAACAAACUUCAUUAGAAGAAUUGAAAGGAGUUCGAGAUCGAGUACACGAACGUCCAAGACAUGAAAAACAGUCAGAAAAUAGGAAAAGCUUGGACGCAAAACGUCGAUCGGUGGAAGAAAAAUUGACAGCGGUCUUAGAAAAACGUAUAUCUAUGGUAUCGGAAAAGCAUCAAGCUUCAAUGGUAGAUAAAAAUGUAAAAGCAAGUUCUGUAGAAAACAUAAAAACUAACUACGAAAGUCCAAAGACGGAAUUAACAAAGAGCAGAAGUGUAGACUCAUCAAGACUCGACUCUCCGGACAAUAAAUUUGCCCCAGAGUUUAACAAAAACGCUCUUGCUCAAGAGAAGAAUCGUGACAUGGUGGAUCGAAGUGUCCACCGACAAGAUUCAAGUGUGGUAUCCGUAAUUACAUCGACACCAGUGAGAAGUCGAAGUGUAACUCGACAAGACAAUGGAGAUGUCGUAGUGAUAACUGGCAAAUCUCAAGAACCAGAUAUUAGAUCAUCAUCAACCACAGUUCGCAUUACUUCAGAUUCUCCAGAUCCUUCAAAUAGUUUGGCGUCUAAUAUAAGUCAAGUAACAGUAGUAACAACGCAUCCACCAGUUUUGAUCGAUGCAGCAGCAACGCUACCUCUUUUGAGACCAUCUCCAUCUUCAGAAGUCGUGAUUGUAGCCAAUGAGACGAAUAAAACUCAAGUAAAUGAAAGCUCUACUGAUGAUGAUGGAUUUACAAGUUUAGAUUCAUUGGAAUACACACCUCAAGAACAACCAAUCAUUAUUACUGAAGCCUCUAAGCGAAUCGGUAAGAAAUUAGAUGAAUCUGAGGUCAUUAUUGUCAGUCCUAUUGUCGAUGAACUUCAGGAUACUAGUCACGUGUCUGUAGUAACUGUUGGAGAUGAAAAAGAACAAGUCAAAGAUUCAUCAAUUGUUGGGAAACAAAAUGUUAUACGAUCUGAAUCGUCGCAUAGUGAUUUAAGUUCAGAAAGAUUAAGCUCCAAGAGUGAUAGUGGUGACGAAGCGAACAAAACUGCAAUGAUCAUCACUGGAACAACGGUAAGUGCAACAGAUGUUGAUAAUGUUGGCAUAAAAAAAAUGAAUGGAGUAAUAAAUCAGAAAGAAAUCAAGACCAAACGAACGUCACCCGAUUGUUAUGAAGGUUCUCGAUCUCACAGUGAUGCCAGCUCAACUCGAUCACAUACUCCAAACAAAUCUAUUGAUAAAUCAGAUGCUGAGUCAAUUUCCACAACAAUUAGUCAAGAUAGUCGAGGAUCGAAUAAAGAAAAUCAUGUGGUUCAUGAAUCUCGACAAUCGGAGGAAGAUGAUGGAGUUGUUUUGAGAAGAAAGCCUGAAUAUAAUCGAGAAGUGCCGAGAACGAAAACUAAGGAAGACAUUCAAAUGAUGAAUUUGAAGAAGAAAACAAGAAAGAGAACGAGAAAAUUCGAAAUUGAUGGAGUUGUUGUAACAACUACAACGUCAAAAGUUAUUUAUGGAGAUGAUGAAAAUGGUCGAAUUUAUGAUGAUCAAAUAUUCCGGAAGCAAGAGUUGAGAGAAUUGAAAAUGUUACAAAAGAUGGAGCAGAAACAGUUCCAAGAUCUGACGCAAAAAGCUCACUUUACAAAGGAUCAACAAGAAAGGAAGUUUGAGCAAGAAAGACAGAUGUUGGAACGUGGUGCGGAUGCAGAUUUAGAAAAUUUGACAAGACAGCAGAGACAACAAAUCGAACGAGCUGAAGCUCAACAAGAAGCUGAUUUCCGUUUGGCUUCGAAAAAAAUCCGUAGUGAACAAGAAAGAGAAUUGAAACAAUUCCGAGAAAGCCUGAAACAAGAGUUGAGACUUUUAAAACAAGAAGUAGAUUUGAUGCCCAAAGAGAAACGAAAGAGUGCAUUCAAAACUAGAAAAGAGAAGUUAGAAGCAGAACAUGAAGAAAGAGAAAAAAUAUUCAUGGAAAAAUUAAAUGACAGUCAUGAUACUUCGUUGAGAAGGCUUUCAGAUUCUUACAGAGAAAAAAUUGCAUUGAUGGAUCGACAAUUCCUUCAGCAAAAACAACAAUUGAUGCGUAACAGAGAGGCUGCAAUUUGGGAAUUGGAAGAAAGGCAAAUUCAUGAAAGGCAGCAGUUAUUGAAGAAACAGUUGAAGGAUAUUUUCUUUUUACAACGACAUCAAAUGCUCAUAAGGCACGACAAAGAACUGGAGCAGAUGAAAAGAAUGAACUUAAGAAAGGAAGAUGAGUUGAUUAAAAGACAGACAAUUGAACGCAGAAAUUUACCGAAACGAAUAAGGAAUGAAAUGAAAGCUAGAGAAAUGAUGUUUAGAGAAUCUAUGAGAAUUUCAAUUUCCUCAACUCUUACGCCAGAUCCUGAUGCUGAGAGGGAGAAACUGAAAAAAUUCCAAGAAAAUGAGAAAAAGAGAUAUAGAGCUGAGCAACAGCGAUUUGAAUUGAAGCAUGCAAGACAGUUGGAAGAGGUAAGAGCGCAGAGCGAUGCGACAAUCAAAGAACUAGAACAGUUGCAAAAUGAAAAAAGGAAGAUGUUGAUGGAGCAUGAGACGAUGAAACUAAAAGAACAGGAGGAGGCAUAUACGAAAGAAUUGAGGGAGUGGAAAGCGCAGUUGAAACCCAGAAAACAGAAUUUAGAGGCCCAGCUGGCGCGUGAAAUGGAAGAAUUGGAGUUACGCUACAAAGAUUAUCUACCAUCCCGACCUUCUCGUAUUUCUAUAUCUACACUUGCUUACACAACGUUGUCGGUGGUAGAUCAAUGGAAAUUGUCACCCCGACUAGCUCGUUCUACUCCUAAUUCACCAACUUCCAUUACAAUUCCCAGAGUCAAUUUGAAAACAGGCUCAGAUACCAGUUCAAUGACUGGAACCUUGUCCAGACCCACUCGUAUUGUGAACCCACCCCCUCGUAAAUAAUCUGCUCGUUUCUUCCAUUCUCUCUCCGUCCAUUGUUGAAAUUUCAGUUUCUAAUCCAAUAAUCGUUCAUUGUUUACUUCAAACUUUACAUUCAUCAUUGUUUCAAUCAAUUACACACUUUGUGUCUCUUGUCACUGCUUUGAUUUAUCAUGAUCCAUUAGUAAUGAAAUUACUUAACAGUCAAUAUUCUCAUGCCAUAUUUAGUUCAUAUUAACUUCGAUAUAAUAUUUAAUAUGUUUAUUAUAUAAUAAAUUUUUUGUAAAUAUUAUAUCGUUGUACUAAAACAACUAGUGAUCUAUACAUGUAAUGUUUUGAUAGAGAAUUAUUAUAUAUUUCAUUUUAUUGGUAUAUGAAUAGUAGAAUUAUAGGGGUGCACAUGUUUAAAUAUUCAACAAUUAAUUUUUUUUUUAAUAAUCUAUUUAUUAAAUCUUUACGUACCAUGCAUCGAUUAAGAUGGUUACAAUAAUUUAUUGAAAGUAAUAAUAUCUGUUCAAUGGAUAAUAUAUUACUAAAUAAUAUUUUGUUUUAUUUUUUUCAUUCAUUACAUAGUUGAAUUGACACAAUUAUAUGUAAAACCACUGGGUGAAAAUUUACAUUUAUGUCGCUUUAUACAUUUAUUUUGUUUACAUUAUGCUUUUUGUUUUUGUAUUUGUUUUUCUUAUCACUUAUUUCUAUUUAUCAUUAGAAAGUUUUGCUUUUUUUUGCAUAAAAAAAUGAAAUAAACUAGUACCUUUGACGAGAAUGAAGAGAAAGAAUUAAAAAAAAAAUUUAAGAGACUAGAAGAACAAUUUGCAAUACAAUUAGAAGAGCAAGAAGCUAUUUAUGGUCCAAGUGCUAUGCCACUAUGUCUGCCAUCAGAUCUUCCAGAUUUAACUCACCAUACGGCGGGUUCAACACGAAGCUCAUUGUCUUCCGUAAGCGAGGGUUGAAAAUAAAUAAACAAUAAACAUUUUUUAUCAA